AGGAGCUACCUUUCCCAGAGUGCUGAGCGGCGAGAGGCUGCCAAUAGCCGGGCGGAAGUUCACGUCAUCAGAGCCGCGGGCUGGAGACCCAGUGAGCUGUCAGUGCCCGUUGUGUGGUGGGCACAGAUGGCACUGUUCACCCGCCUUUACCUCCUGCUCAUGGCGGUCCUGGUAGCACUGUCACUGGACAAACAGACCGAAUACACGGAAUGCGAUGGCGGCUGGCAGUGGAACAAUUACUCUCCGGUCCAAGAGGAGGAGCGCUGCACGGUGGAGAGGAGGGACGCCUCCAUCACCUACUCCGAAUUCAUCAAGAGGUAUGCCUACAAGAGGCCGGUCAUCAUUCAGGGAAUCACAGAUAAUUCGGAGUUCCGGUCACUGUGCAGGAAAGAGCAGCUGAUUCGUACAUACGGAGAUCGCAGCGUCCGGCUGAGCACCGCAAACACGUAUUCCUACGAGAAAGUGGAUGUCCCCUUCCAGGAAUACGUAGAGCACUACCUGAGACCCCAGGACCUGGACUCGUUGGGUGUGGAUACUUUAUAUUUCUUUGGUGAUAAUAACUUCACAGAAUGGGGGUCUCUGUUUCAGAAAUACACCCCGCCUCCGUUCAAGCUGCCUGGCACUAUCGGGGCUUUUAGUUUUGGCAUAGCCGGUUCAGGUACAGGGGUCCCCUUCCACUGGCACGGGCCUGGCUACUCUGAGGUGAUAUAUGGCAGGAAGCGCUGGUUCCUUUACCCACCUGACAAGACCCCCGAGUUUAACCCUAACCGGACCACACUGUCCUGGAUGCUGGAGACAUACCCUCUGCUACCUGCAGCAGAACGUCCUGUAGAGUGCACCAUCAGACCCGGAGAGGUUCUCUACUUCCCGGACCGCUGGUGGCACGCCACCCUGAACCUGGACACCAGCGUCUUCAUCUCCACAUUCCUGGGCUAGAGCCGCAAAUCAUUAUUAUAAAUGCUGCACAACAACCAGAAACCUCAGAACCUGUCACCUCCGAUCCGGACAGACUGAUGGAGGAGGCCAUGGAGAUACCCACACUGAAGGCACGGCCCACAGACCACGGGGGGGGGGGGG